GCAGCAGUGGGCGGGGCAUUCUACAUCAAAGGCCAGGUGUGACGUCAUCAGAGAGUUUAUAAGUAGUGACGCAUUCUUCACUUUGCUGAAGUCGUUUGGAAGACAGACAGGUUUUGAACAGGUGAUUCAGCAUCGCGAGCAGAGAGAGGACAGUGCACCAUGUCUUGGACUGAUAGAAUUCGGACACACAUUGCAAACAUCACGGGCCGGACAGAAAGGGAGAGGCUUCGCAGACAGGUGGAGGAGAUGCAAGCUGAGCUCCAAACAGUCAAAUCCAGUUUAGCACAUGCGCUCACAGACCUGGAUUCAAAGGAAAUCUCCAACAAUACGCUCAAGGAACAGCUCGCGUCUGUUAGAAAGGAGCUUUUUGAGGAGAACGUAUGGAGUCGGCAUCAAGGAAAGUUGUACAGCGAGGAAAUAAUCCAACACAGAUUUGAAAACAUGCAAAUGAAUUACAGGAACAAGAAAUUACAGGACCAGUUAGAGCAUGUAGAGAAAGAGAUUAAGCGCAUGCGAGAUGACCGAAACAUGAUGGCACAGCAGUUCGCAGAAGUUCUGGAAAAAUACGAGAGAGAACGAGAGAGAAAUUCUGGAGUAGAGGAGGAGCUGAAGCAGAAAGACCUCCAGCUGCAAAGUGUCCGUGAACAAUUAGAAGAGGUGAAACAGUGUUCACCUAGCCCAGGACAGACAGCAGAGGAGCAGUCUUCUGCUUCAGAUGAAGCAGAUGUGGACCGGUCCACAUCUGCUUCACCAAUCACAGAAAAGAAAGCAGAGGAGCAGUCUUCUGCUUCAGAUGACAUCGAGACAGAUGUGGACCGGUCCACAUCUGUUUCACCAAUCACAGGAGAGGAUGCAGAGGAGCAGUCUUCUGCUUCAGAUGACAUCGAAGCAGAUGUGGACCGGUCCACAUCUGCUUCAUCAACCACCGAAGAGAAAGCAGAGGAGCAGUCUUCUGCUUCAGAUGACGUCGAGACAUUUGCAGAGGACACAGACACUGACGACAGACGGCCCAUUCUACCUGAACCGGAUUUUGACCAGCACCGAACUUUUCAAAGGAUAAGAAAAGGGUUCGAGACUUUUUCUUCUCCUCAGAAAAAGAAACCAAACACCAACAGGGACAACACGACACGGUAAGACAGAACGGUAAGUAGACAUUCAUAUGUUUGGGUUUCCUCCGAGUGCUUCGGUUUUUCCCAGAAAUCUGAAAAGAAAAAAAAAACGUAGACACCUGAAAUAAAAGUAAUGAUAUAUGAAAUGUCUCAUUCAUGGGUUUCCUCCGAGUGCUUCGGUUUUUCCCAUAAAUCUGAAAAAAAAAAC